AUGAAGCAGAAGAAGCAGAAGAAGCGCAGAACCACAAGCACAUGGACCAGACACCAGAUGCCACACAGGCACUCACGGCUCCUGACCUUUCCGUCUGUGCAGUUGCUGGCCGCCCCCGUGGCUGUUUGGUGCACCCUUGCCCUCGAUGCGCAGAUUGGCAGGCUGCGGGCUGGAGGCGGGAGGGACAAGGGACCAGCACGGGGUGGGCUCGCACCCACACCCAGCCUGGGCGCGCCUCCGUCCCUUUUCGACUGGGACAUUCAGCAGCAGCAGCGUGCGCCGGACUUUGACCAAGAAAACAGCGGCGGGUGUGUCUGCCGCCCGCCGUAA